AUGCUCCAACGUGCUCUGCUUCUGCUGUUAACCUCAGUACUGGCGAUCGGUGAGUAUCUUAAAAACCGCUUUUCAAUGUAAUAAAUACUUUACGCUCGUUCCUUUGGGACUCGGUCGCUCAGCACAGAGUGCUUGAUGGACAUUAGCUCGACAUGUAUGACUGCUUGAAAUAGCAAAAAUAAAACCUUGAGGAGGCAGAACAAUUGCACAUUACAAAAUGUCAUUUUCCUUGAUUGACACCAAUUAUAACCUCUAUUUCCACUACUAAGCCGACAGCCCUGCUCAGAUGUCAUUCGGAAAAUACGAGAUUUCACAGUCUUCGGGCCCAUACUCGUUACGUGUGCCAAGUUCCAACGAGACUUCGGUAAGCCCCGCUUCAAUUUCUACAAAGGACAUAUCAGCAAUUUUCUUUCCCAUAUUACUUUAAUGCUAUCAGCUAGUUAUCUAACCGAAUCUCUCUCAUUUCACUGCGUAGGAAGUGACCUUCAGCAUUGACGAGGACGUAUUCAUAGCCGUCAACGGCACAUGCCAGCUGAAUUCAUCCAUACCAUUUGCAUUUCCCUGCCCCGUUGAAUGUUGUAAGUCUAUCGGACUUCCUAUGCAUGUUAUCACUGGCAGAUUAAAACUCAACGUAAUGUAGCAACUGAAUAAACACUGCAUAUUGCUGGGUAUUUAAAUUGAAAUUCCAAUAGCCUUUUAUGUCUUUGAUGCACGCGUCGUAUUGCAUGGUUUUUUUUGUUUCAGCUGUGGAACAGUGUCACGUAGACAUUAAUUUGCCCGAGGUCUCUUUCUUUGAAACUCUCAUGGUCAAAGUUAAUGAAACGCAUGAGGAUCUCUACAUUCAUGGUAAGCAAAAAUGCCACUGUGGGAUGGUUUGCAUAAACCUCUCAUAGUUUUUCAUUUGGCGACUGCGUACUUGAGCAUUAACUCAAGCAGUGAUAAACUGGCUGCUGCCUCGGCUUACAAUCAAAUUAGUAUAGUGUUUAAUCCACACUAUUCUAGUGGUUAAAGUUUUGUCAGACAAUAGACUGGAAGUUUGCAGUUUGCUGCACGACAAACAGUCCGCCUGCAAAAGGAAUAGAAACAAACAAACAUCUGAACUUAUAUGAGCCCUUUGCACAGUCAAAAUAGGUGUAAGCUGUAUAUUUGAGCAUUGCAAGAAUUGGCGACAAAAACGUACAUUGCAUGCAGAUGAAAGACGACUGCACACCAUUAAAGAAUUUAUCAAUAUUUCCAAUGUGAAAUAGUUGAUUAAUUAUUGCGUGUUAGAGGGGGAACUAUGAUUCCCAUAAUGACAGUUGUAAACGCGACGAGCCGAUUGAUUUAGAUCACGAUGUAAAAACGUUUUAGAUAUUUGUCUGGUCGAAAACCUAGUAAUAUGAAUAAAGAACUGACAAUUCUCCUUUCAUUUCGUUUGCACAGAUGUCCCCUCCUUUGACAGUGUACGCCCGGUUUUCACUCAGGAACGCGGACCAUUUAUAUUUACGACGCUUCUUCCAGGCAUGCCAAAGGUAAGUAAGAAAAUCACACAUAAUUCUACCAGUCGAUCAGAAAGGGCAUCUAAUAUUUGAAUUUUUGUUUCCUGCAGAUUGUGCGCUUUCACGGGAACGUAUUUCACCUGAAAGCUAGCGAUGGCACCUGUAUGAUAGUGACAAUUCAUGGACCUAUUCGAUGUAAGGUUGUACAAGGUAAGUGGUUCGAUGUUUUUUCCGUAUAUUAUAUUCUACGCUUUAUGUCCUGCCGUACUGGCAGCCAAAAUACUGGCAAAAUCUUGGCAUUAUAUGAGUGAUUUCUUUUUGAUGUUCCAGUUGUGAAAUUAAGGCUCUAAUAAUUUUCUCAGAAUUCGAUUGCUUACUUGGGAUAAAUGAGUUAGGAUGGGGUGGGCGCUUGCCAGUUAACGCAGAAUAACCAUGUAAUAUUCAUAAACUGCCAAAAGGUUGCAAUAUGCAUAUCCAUCAGCAUUAUUACGGAAUACUUCGGUUAUUUCGGAGGAUAUGCAUAAAAAUAUCCAUUAAUCUCCUUAUGUGGUAAAGAAUUUUUUUUAAUUUACUCUUGACUGUAGACAAUGAAUAAGUUACCCGCGACUACACCCAAAAUAACAAGGACGAAUAAAAUUAUAAAAACACAAGAAAUGCGUUCUUAAUCGUACUUAAUCAAAAGUGAAUAAUCAACGUGAAACACUGUGCUUUCGCACAAUGAAUUACCGUAAACAUUAUCAAAGCGGGUAAUGGUUUUAAAUGCCACAAAUAGCCUACCUUCAUGUUACCUGCAAAAAUAAAGAAAAAUGUUCUUUCCAUUUCAGUGGGAAAAUACUACCGACUGACGGUGUUUUUCCCUGAGAUACAGGGUAUUACACAAUUCUACAUUGGAUCUCUUCAGCCAAACAACACGAAUGCAAAGUACUGGCUAAGUGUUGAACAUAUUACCGCCGCAUUGUUGCCCAAUCGUACGUCCUGUGGAGUGCGCAGUACCGACAUAUUUGUGUUUAUAUAAUACUUCGUCUUACCGUUGCAUUUCAGGCCGCAAAUGUAGGGAUCUUGCUGCCACAGAAUUUACAGUAGUUAAUCCAAAAAACAGUAAAUAAAAAUUCGACGCACAACGGAGAUAUCUUUGCUCCUCUAAACAAGCAACUCGUUUUUCCUGAUCUCGGCAUCUUUCUGGUCAAAGUUUUUACCGCGUUAUCGAACAGAAAAUUUCCCAUUAUAUGAUGCAAUUCUUCCCAAUUAAAGGAACGUUUGGAUAUGAAAAUGGCAGUCUGUCAAAAAAGUCCGAAAAUGAGACGGUGUUGGAACUGGUCUGGCCGUUGAAGCAGUUGCCAGUUGCGGUAGAUGUUUCACGAGUAAGUAACAACCGCAAAUUUUUCCUUCCGCUUUUCCGCACGGAGUAUCGGAUUGCUCAUAACAUACUGCUGUUACGGACUUGAAUAUAACAUGAGCAGUAAUACCCCAAAUUUCCUUUUUUUGACGCUUUUAUUCAAUCAAUUAAGAGGCUGCUGUGAAUUACGCGUAAAACAAAAUUCAUGGUGGAUAAAAUACCCACUGCUUCAGAUUGGAAUGUAGCGAUUAUUGGCAGUGCGAAGUAAAUAAAAGAAUUUACCGGAAACGUUACUCAAAACCUGUCCCGCCAGCAAAUUGUUGAGUGAUUGUAAAGUGUAUACGGUAAUGAACACUCAUAAUACCGGGUCUAAAGGCGAAAACAAUGAAAGAUGGACGCACCCGUUGUGCCAUAUGGGUUCUCUCGACCUCAGUCGUCAGGCGCACAGCGCCGCAAUGCAGAACAAUAUUACCGACAGAGACCAGGACAACUAAAUUUGUGACUGUCAUUGUACAUCCCAGAUCAGAACCGACAAGAAAACGAGUCCGUGGCUCAGUGGUUAGAACCGUUGGACUCUUAACUAACAGAUCGUUCCACACUUCGAGGUUGGGUUUGACAGUUUGACGAUCGCUAGUUAUCCUGAAAUCGUCAUUCCUGUUUCCCUUUCCGCUACAGGAAACAAUUUAGUAAGACUGGUAUGUUGCGCAGCUAAUAUUUAGCGAAUAUUUCGAUUGGAAACGAUAAGGCGUCAUCAGUAUAAAACGCAAAAGGGGAGGAGAAUUUCAUCAACAUCCACUGGGCAAGCUGGCAAUAUUUAACAUGAAAAAUCACAACGAAAACACUAACAGUCUGCUAAGGUUUAUGCAAGUGGCCGAUGAUAAAUUAUGAGUGAACAAAUAAGAACACGUCUUUUAAGAAAUUUCUUAGUGUUGGCGUCCACUGCUGGGAACAACGAAAUUCUCCAGGUGGUCGGUUGCAAGCGAACCACCAGCAACGUUGUUGUGUGUAUAAUUUUCAGUAUGAUUUUCUCUUUUAUGGCCCAUGUCCCUGUGAGAAUGAAAAUGAAUUAUUUUACAGACAGCAACUGAUGGUAGAAAAGUCUCCGAUACUAAUGCUCUUGUCCAAAUUUCAGCUUCGUUGCUACUCAGUUAGUCAGGUGAUUUGUGGAAAUCCAAAGCCUUGCGGUGGGUUUUUUUGUUAAAAUAUAUGGGACAAUCAAUUCUUUUACACCGAUUUAUGUUGCUGAAUUAUCACAUGCAUUGGUUUAAUCUGCUUUAAAAUGAUCUAGUUUUGAAAAAGGAACACAACCGCACAGUUAUGAAAUAUGAACUCAAACAAGGAGAUGAAAGAAUGUCAUUUUAUACGUGCGUAUAUCGGAAGAAUGGUCGGUUUGACAUUGUCUCCUACCGACAUCAUUGGGCCGGUAAGUGUAGCCCCUAAGUCGUUUGAAUGAUUAAUAUGCAAAAAGGCUGCAUCAAAGCUUUCAGUGGGCAGAUUGCAAACCAGCCUAGGCAUACGGCGCCUGAUGAAAAUUUAUACUCAAAAUAAAUUUUAUCCUUGUAGGUUUGGAUGACUUUCGGGGUAAAAACAACGCGUGGCAGUCCGCUUCCUCUGUGAUUGAACUAAAGUGGCUUCUAAAUUACAGGGGUUUACCGGAACAACAGGUAUGAUGUACCAAUUUCUCUCUACGGGUUUUAAAUCUGUGUUGUCGCCGUAGAGAACGUAUUGCCGUAAGCUUUACGCAAUUGUUAAGGCAUGUCCAUUAGUCGGUUUCGACAAAUAUAUUGCUUGUUGUUUGACAUCGUUUUGAGUAGCAUGUGUUUGAAUUGUUUGCAUGUGGGGGAGGCAAAAAUGAGUGUAAAACAUAGCUUAGACCGUUUGUUUUGAAAAAAAACACUGCUGACUUAGACUGCAAUAUUCAAUAUAUUUUAGUUUGCCUGCGGGUGUAGUCAUUCGCCAUCUUCUGGGUUAUAAAUGGAGUAAGCGGUUAGAUAUCCAAUGAAACUACACUGAUCGAGCCAUCGUUUGAAUUUUCAUAGAAUAUGAAUGUGUGCUUGGCAAGGUCAUAAUUUAUCGACAGAAUCAAAUGCUGACCUGGUGAAACAAUAUCUGGUGUAUACGGCGGGUGCGGAGGGGCUUCUCAGAAAAAUAAUUUUAGAGUUUCCUCCAAGCUUUGUGCAAUAUGGUACAUUGCGUAUUCAUGUUGAUAAAUAAAUUAGUCAUAUUCGCCAUCAUAUUCUAAAUGGUUAUUUGGCUGAAAUUAAAACAUGCUAUCGAUAUCGUCCAGCAGUAACCGUGUGAGAUAGCUUCAGCAAAUCCGGCCACACCACUUGUUUUUGCUCCCAUACUUUUACAGGAUAAUUUUACUUUAUUGAAUACUCUUCUCUAGCAUUAGUGUUUAUAGUUGACCGGAUGUCAUUCGGGUGAAGUUUCCCUAAGGAUUAUCGCAUCAGAUUCUUUUUUGUCAAUUGUCAUGCGGAAAUGCCCGCAUGUAUGUUCUGGCGGAAAUAUUUCACAUGUAGUCUUUCCAUGUGCAUGUUUCCCUAAACGUGCGUCUUUCAGGCCAAAACUUUCAAUCUUGUUGAUGUUAACGUUUCUGUAACAUAAAUAGAAUAAGCCGACAUUGCUGGAGUAUGUUACAUAGGUGCUGCCGUUUACAGUGCCUGGAAACAUUACCAAUCAAACCAGUUAAAAUGAAGAAUAGCGAAUUCAACUCCCUAUUUAGGAAUAGAGUUUAAAUCGAUGCACCUGAGGUGGCUAGAAUGUCAGUGACAGGGUAAGUUAUAGCUUACAAUAUCGAACACUAAUCGGAAGGCCAAGAAAGUCUAGUGUUCAAAGAUGCGGCUGGUUCUCCAUCCAUAUCUAAGGCAAUGCCUCCCUAAAAUCAUUGUCGCUGGCUCGAUCAGUUGGAUCCGGUGUGGACAAAGCCCAUCAGAGGAUUUGGGUGAAGUGUUCCUUUCAGGGUUUGGAGGUUCCGAAUUAGAGGGCUCUACAAUCAUAUUCAGAAUCAGGGCAGAACACAGUAUGUUGUGCGGAGAUCAGGUCGUGUGUGGCAAGCCUGGAAAGGCUGUUUCUUAUUUCCAACCACAGCAUCCGGGUCGGGCAUGACCUGUAGACAUGACCUGGUUUAGCCGUCGAGAGAGGAAGGAGAGUGUACGGCGGGUGCUGCGCCAGUCUGUCGGCGCUGUAGUCUAUUUAGUUCACCGGCAAGUCAACAUCCUGUACUUACCGCAUCACCAUCGAUCUGUCACUGGCAAAUGAUUAUCGAACAGGAACCCAGUGUGAUCCCGUCUCUAAAGGACGUUCAAUUUACAUCAGUUCUGCAAGCAUUGAACUCAAGCGGCGCAGACGUUUGUGCUGAAAUUAAGUAAAUCCAUAUAUAAUGAAGAAAGAGAAGUCUCUUCGGAAUAUGGAGGUUGUACUGGUAAAUUUUCAAGUUGUUGGCAACGGAACCUCGUCAGACGAAAUGAACAGAGGGUAAAGGGAAAUGGACAGGCUAGGUCGGCUGGUGCGACAGGACAGCUGAUGCAUGAUAGGGGGUGGUCACCGAGUUAUGGUAGGCUGUCGGGCAGGGGGAGAGAAGGAAGAACCGUUAUGGCUCCUUGUAAUGGACCUGGAGAUAAACGCGUAGGAUUUGCAGAUCAGUGGGAAUGCCGGUGGCUGGUCACUGAUGCGGGCUGAGGUCAGGGCACAAUGCGCCGGCGUUGGAGGUGUUAGGGCGUUUCGGUUGUUGUUGUUCGCCGUGUCGCAAGGAGGGGGGGGGGAGGGGCGGAAUUUUGAGGGAGCAUACCUCUAUGUGGCCAAGUGGGGAUUAGUUGUUGUUAGGGUGUGGGAACAAGACAGUAAGCGUGUACGCAAGCCCUCGUAGUGACCAUCUAGAUCGACGUGGCGGUUGAUAGUGUUCGUGUCAGAAUGCCAAGUUUAGAGAAAUAAUCGCGCCUGUCUGGUUUUAGCACUUGUGAUCACCUUAUUACCGCCCCAAUGGAAACGUUGGUCAUGCUCAAGGGCCGGCACCAACACGAGGAACAGAGUGUCACGUCGACGGAAGGCUAACUCUUGCUCAUGUUUGCGUGUCCCAAGACAUCGGCCUGUAUGGCCAAUAUAAAGAGAAGGGCAGUUGGCGCACGGUAUACGGUAGAUGACCUUAGUAAGUUGUUCUUUGGACACUGGGUCCUUUACUCGGCAUAAGGCCUCGCGUAGGGAAAUUUCGGGCCUAUGGGCAAUGAAGAUGCCAAAACGUUUAAUUGCCGAGAGAGUGUUUCAGGAAUUCCCUGAAUGUACGGCAGUAAAUAGAAUUUAUGUGCCACUCUAUCUCCAUUAGACUCGGGGUUCGGUAGUUGUCUCUGGCGCUUGAGACAGUUCUUUACAAAACUUACGGGAUAUACGUUAAACCGGAACAAUCUAUGUAAGUAGGCGAAUACUUUCUUAAUGAAGUCAUCACUGUUUUAGACGCGAUAGGCCCGAUGGAAAAGAGUGCGGACACAGUUUCGUUUUUGGGCCGCUGUAUGAUUGCUCCCAUAGUUAAGUAGUAUUUCGGCACUAGAGUCUUUUCUGUGGACGCUUCUUGCUAGUAUGCCAUCACUAAGUCUUUGUAUACGCACAUCUAAGAACGGGAGGUUCUGUCCUGUUGCUGCUUCGCGACUAAACUGUAUAGCCGGGAAGACGCUAUUAAGUACUGGUGCAAUUGCUCUACUUCGCUGGUCUUUAUGAUGACAAAUGUGUCGUCCACGUAGCGAAGCCACAUUUUGGUUCGAAGGUUUGCACAACAGUCUGUUCUGGUCGCUGCAAUACUGCUUCCGCAAGGAGCCCCGAUAUUGGCAAGCCCAUUGGGCUGCCUUUUAAUUGUUGAUAGUACUCGUCAUCGAACUGACAAUAAUUCUUGAGGCAAAGUUUAAGACAUCGGACUACACUGUUAAUCGCUCGGUCAUGCGGUAUUGAAGGAAACAGGGCAACAGCAUCGAACGAUAGAAUGCAUUCGUAAGGAAUUACUUCAAGGCCUUGGAUCUUUUGUAGGAAAGCCUGAGAUGUUUUGAUGCUGUAUUGCGAUCCAUUUGUGAGAUGAUUUAAGUGUCUGUAUAACCACUUGGCAGGGUUGUAAGUAGGGGAUCCAAUAAGUGGCACAAUGGUCCUCAGUGGCUCAUCUGUCUUGUGUACCUUGGGAAGACCGUACGCACGAGCGAUACGGAGGUCCCCGAGGGCCAUAGAUCUGCUGUCAUCGGGACUGAUAAGCUUCAAUCUGGCAGGCUCAUUCUCUUUUUUCUUGAUAGGCGCGACUUGAUUUUUCUUUGGGUCUACAGCGAGUGGCGUCAUCGACUUGAACAUUUGCGAGUACAACUCGAUAUCCGGAAGAGCCUUCUCGUUUGCAGGAAUGUCAAGCUUCGAGGAAUGCACGCGCCUGUCUGGUGUUAGUCCUUGCGAUCAAAUCAGUGGUUCAAAAAAUACUCAAAUGACUUAAUUGCAUGUUAUAGCCCAAAAUGCAAUGCAAGAUUUCAAAUAUUGGUUUACUUGCAGCACCUAGAAUGCCUUCUGAAUGGGAAACCCCUGUGCUCUGGAGUGACAAUCACAUCUCAGUGGGGAAAGUGUCGUAAGUGUAAUUAUUCAAAAUUUAACUGAAUAGUUAACUUCACCCUUACUUUACGAAGUGCAAAUCAAGAGUAGUGUGGCUACUGCGUGAACUGCCUACCGUACUUUUCUCUCUUUUACAGAGCUGAGUAUUGAUAACCAGUCGUACGUCUUCACCCACGUUGUCAAGAGGACGGUGACAACAAAAAUAUCCCGAUAUGUUUGCAGAACGGAGAGCGAUAGUCAAACUCAGACGAUAUACUGGCAUGGUAACUGUGUAUUUUUAUAUUUCGUGUCAGUAGCACAACCCCUAAUUAUGUUACACUAUUAUAACUAAUGCGAUUAAAAAUGAAAGGCUGACAUAGUUGCUAAGCAAUAUUAGAAGACACUACUGCAUUACAUCGCUAUUUACUUAAACAAAAGAAAUCAAAAUUGUUCUUUCGUAAGUUUAACACAAGGCGCUUAAUCAAAUUGCAUUUUUACUUAUCUGCCAGUCCACCCCUUUGCCUCCUACCAUUUAAAAGACAUAGCAUUCGACGAAUUACUUAGUGCUUUUAUGUCAUUGACUGUUUGUCAAAGCGGAGGUAGCCGGACCUAGUGCCAAAUAAACUGUCCGCGAGCAAAGUGGGCGAAGCAUGUCCUGGAUUUUUCUAAGUUAGUCCUCAGUACCAUCUGCUGAACAAACGUCUUUAGCCCUUUGUGGCAAACGCCUGACUAAAUUUUACAUUUUGUGGAGAAGUACGAAAUUAGCGAAGUUCGUGUAUUGUCCAGGCCAGGUUUUCUUCCGAUAGACAUUCCUUCGGAUGCAACCGUCACAUUUCCUGUUUAGAUGGACAUCUAAGAAAGGAAGCGAACCGGCCGAUUCCAUCUCCAACGUCAAUUUGAUCGAUGAAUGUGCUCGGUUUACAGCAUUUAGGAAGAGAGCAACUUCGGUUUCUGUGGUUACAAUCACAAAGAUAUCAUCAUUUUACCGACUGUAAUGUUUAGGCUUUUGGAUCUGAUCGCUUAGUUGAAAUCUCUUCAGCUUGCCCACGAAGACGUCGGCUACGAGAGAUGCAAGAGACGAGCCCAUAAGAGCACCAUAUAUUUAUCUGUGGAGUUGGUUGUCAAAGAAGAACUGCACAUCUAAUGUGCACCUUAGUACUACUUCCUUGAGUGUUUUCGUCGGUAUGGCUAUUUUUUGAUGACUGGCAGCUUUAAUCAUCAACUGUCUCGGUGACUGGGACGUUUGUGAAAAGAGAUGCAACGUGUAGUGAGAACAACAUCAUGCCGUUAUGGUUGAGGUCUUUAAUUACGUCGAUGUAUUGAAAGGUAUCUGGAUAGCUGCCUGCUGCCAGCUGGUGCUGUAUCGGCUUGAGUUUCUCUGCUGACCACUUUAUAUUGCAUGAAACGGAGCCUUCCGUAUAUCUAAAAUCAAACGAACUGGUAGGCAUUCAUUAUGGAUCUUAGUUGAAAUUUAUAAUGGAUAAAUAUGUGUGACGACUGAGCCGAGAUGUUUGAAAUCAAGGUCUCUUAUCCAAUCUCCUGUGUGGAGUCUUCUUGAACAGUCAGUCAAUUUCGCCUCUGCUUCACCUGUGCAAUCGUUUUCUUUGUCUACAUUUAUGAAUUUCUUCUAGUCAGAUAAGAUGGACUGUGUCUUCGCUACGUACUCCAAUAUGUUCAUUAUAACGACACCUGUUGUUUUGUCAGAUCUAGUGACCAAGAUCUGUUUGUUUUUCGUAAUUCUUUUAAAUUUUUUAUUUGUUGUUAUAUCAGCAAUCAUCGACUUUUUGAGCCUUUAUUUACGUAUUUAUAGUUGUAAUUCCCCGGUGUUGGUUUGUAAUUUUGGAUACUGUCUGUGGAAGCGGGCAAUAGACCAAGGGUUUGAUUCCAGAUUUUCUCCAACUGAGUUUCUAAUUCUAACUGAUUAUCUUUCCGACGGGGUAUGCAAAACUUACGACCCAGAGAUAAAGCUUCAGUUGAUGCUUUAUCAAGUUACAUAUAAGAUUGUUUGUGUACGAAACGAGCUGGAUCAUUCAGAAACCGCGACUGGGGUUUCAUCGCAUGUGAACUACUAUGGAGCGCAGAAUUAUUUGCCUCUCCACGUUUUUUCUUCUAUAGUCUGAGUGUAGAUGUCGACUUUUUGUUUUUCUUCAUCUGUCUGGCUAUCUAGGACGGCUGUGCGUUGACAAACAUGGCGCUCAAGAUCCUAUAUUUUUACGAUGAUAAUUUCCACUUGAUUCCCAGCGUAACCCUUCAGAUUUUUUUGUGGUAAUAACGGUACGACUACGACACAGCGUUCUCCAAUAAUGGUUUGGAUACACAUUUCUCUCAAUACAGCUCACUAUAAUUUCUUUUAUUCACUGUACCUCGUUCCAUGGGCUGACUAGAAGUUGACGCAAUCAACGUUCGAUCGCCACCUUUUCUUCUGAAUAUAGCCAUAGGGAUUUUGACGCCUCGUUUGCUCAGUCGGUGGAAAAGGACGUGGUCCCCUAAUUUUUUUAUUCGAAGUAAGCUCUUUCCCAAUGGUCUUGUUGUGAGAUAUGUUAGUACCGUGAAAUGCCCGUGUGUGGCUUGCAAAGUUAACAAUAUGACGCAAUCUCACUGCUAAAUUUCAUGAACGCCAUAUGGUCACGUCUUAACACCAUAUAGAAUGCACGGUUUUUUGUAUUCGGCCUGUAGUUUCAAAAAACGCGAUGUAUCCAGCACUUCUACAAUAGUUUCUUCUCGUAAACAACUACGACUCGUACUGCACCUAAAUCAUUCUGGACUCAGUAUUAGUCGCCUUGUAGGAUGCCUUGAAAAUUGAGGUUUUCAGAAAGGCCUACCGAUCUGCUGACUUAUAAAUAGAGGAAAAAUAUCUGUACAUCGGAAAUGCUUUCUCAGCUGAAUCGAAUUCGGAGCAAAAAAAAUUAAAUACAAACCAGAGUAGAGACGACGUGCAGGCGUGAGUAUAGAGUACUCUUUUCGCCGGCAACUAGUUGAGCUGGCACCUUUGCAUGGUAUCCGCUUUUGAAUAAAUAGCAUUAAUAUGGGUGAUGAGAAUGCCCUCCUAGGCAUACUUCCUGCGCCUGACAUGUAUGACUGCUUGAAAUAGCAAAAAUAAAACCUUGAGGAGGCAGAACAAUUGCACAUUACAAAAUGUCAUUUUCCUUGAUUGACACCAAUUAUAACCUCUAUUUCCACUACUAAGCCGACAGCCCUGCUCAGAUGUCAUUCGGAAAAUACGAGAUUUCACAGUCUUCGGGCCCAUACUCGUUACGUGUGCCAAGUUCCAACGAGACUUCGGUAAGCCCCGCUUCAAUUUCUACAAAGGACAUAUCAGCAAUUUUCUUUCCCAUAUUACUUUAAUGCUAUCAGCUAGUUAUCUAACCGAAUCUCUCUCAUUUCACUGCGUAGGAAGUGACCUUCAGCAUUGACGAGGACGUAUUCAUAGCCGUCAACGGCACAUGCCAGCUGAAUUCAUCCAUAGCAUUUGCAUUUCCCUGCCCCGUUGAAUGUUGUAAGUCUAUCGGACUUCCUAUGCAUGUUAUCACUGGCAGAUUAAAGCCCAACGUAAUGUAGCAACUGAAUAAAUACUGCAUAUUGCUGGGUAUUUAAAGUGAAAUUCCGUUAGCCUUUUAUGUCUGUGAUGCACGCGCCGUAUUGCAUGGUUUUUUUGUUUCAGCUGUGGAACAGUGUCACGUAGACAUUAAUUUGCCCGAGGUCUCUUUCUUUGAAACUCUCAUGGUCAAAGUUAAUGAAACGCAUGAGGAUCUCUACAUUCAUGGUAAGCAAAGAUGCCACUGUGGGAUGGUUUGCUUAAACCUUUCAUAGUUUUUCAUUUGGCGACUGCGUACUUGAGCAUUAACUCAAACAUAACCUCUGAAGUUAACCCAUUAUUAUUAUAUGGGAUCCACCGAAGAUAGUGGCCUUUACCUAGAGUAAUCCAGGAAGCGAACGCUGUCAGUGAAAAUAAACAAUAACCUUCAGUUACGAUGCGCCUUCCUCGAGCCCCUAAAAUGCUUAAUAUACGCUAUAUAAAAAACAAUGGUAAACUGGUUGCUUUCUCAGCUAGCGUUUAAAUGAUAGUAGAGUUUUAUCCACACUUGCUAGAGAAAAAGAUGCAAACAAGCAUCUGAACUUACAUCUGCCUUUUGCACUGUCAAAAUAGGUGUAAGCUGUAUAUUUGAGCAUUGCAAGAAUUGGCGAAAAAAAAACGUAAAUUGCAUGCAGAUGAAAGACGACUGCACACUUUUAAAGAAUUCAUCAAAAUUUCUCACGGUAGUAUACUUGAUUUAUUAUUGCGUCUUAGAAGGGGUUUAUGAUUCCCAUAAUGAGAGUUUUAACGACCACAAGCUGACUGAUUUAAAUUGCAGCGUAAAAACCUUUAAGACAUUUUCUGGUCGAAAACCUAGUAAUAUGACUGACCAUUCUCCUUUCAUUCCUUUUGCACAGAUGUCCCCUCCUUUGACAGUGUACGCCCGGUUUUUACUCAGGAACGCGGACCAUUUAUAUUUACGACACUUCUGCCAGGCAUGCCAAAGGUAAGUACGAAAAUCACGCACUAUUCUACCAGUCGAUCAGAAAAGGCAUCUAACAUUUGAAUUGCGCUGCUUUUAUUUCGCUUAGUUCGUGUACAUUCAGCCGAAUUUAUUUGACGUGCAAACACAAAAAGGCACAUGCGUGGUAGUGACAAUCGAUGGACCUAUCCGUUGUAAAGUUGUACAAGGCAAGUGGUUUGGUGUUUUUCCUCUAUGGUAUAUUGCAUGCUUUUUGACCUGCCGUACUGGCAGCCAAAAUACUGGCAAAAGCUAGGCAUUUAAUGUGUGAUUUCGGGUAGGUGUCCCAGUUGUGAAAUUAAGCCUCUGGUAAUCUUCUCAUAAAUCAAUUGCCUACUUGGGAUAAAUGAGCGGGUAGACGAUUGUCAGUCACAGCAGAAUAACCACGUAAAAUUCUUAAACUCCCUACAGGUUGCAAUAUGUAUAUCCAUCAGCAUUAUUACAGAAUAAUUAGGUUAUUUCUGAGGAUACACAUAAAAAUAUCCAUUAAUUUGCAUAUGUGGUAAAGAAUUCAUUUCUUUUAAUUUUCUCUUGAAUGUAGGCAAUAAAUUAGUUUCAAAAAACCCUUUUCGAUUCCCGAAUAAGUUUGAAUCAAACCUGACACAACAUGGAAACUCAGGGUUUCCAAACUACAAGCUGUAUACUUUGCGUGCACAAAACCAUGGUAGAUGGGCGCCCACCGGCUUGUUCCUAUGGAACGCACUAGUUCUGUUGCUGCUUACGUGAUCUCUUUUGAAUCCAACGAGCAGGCGCUCAGCGGCGCAAGUUAAAGGCAGGAUGGUAUUACUGACAAAGAUAAGGGAGACUGUCUUUGUCGGUAAUAACAUUGUGCCACAAAAAGUUAUACGCUAACCCACGGUAAUUAGAGAACAUUACGUAGGACCCACAAAAUCUGACAGUGAUUUUGAGCCACGUGGCAAACUACACAAGAAACAUCAGCACAUACAGGGACAAAAUGUUUAAUGAAUGGACAUUCCACCGUUUAUAAAAUAUCAUAAUUUGAAUCUCUUUUAAAAUCGAAUUAUGCCCUUUUGAAGUAUAAAAUUUAAGCAGGUAUAAUUUUUCUUACCUAAUUCGUAAAAGAAUAAACAUUUUCAUACAUGUGUUCGGCGAAAUAUAUAUGAAGGUAUAAGGAUAUUUCCAAGGUAAGGUUUUGACGCUGGUUCCUCUGGACAUUCUUAGACGGGAGUAAAUGGGAAAAAACAACAAUCAUUACCGACUUGCUGAGAAACCGCUAUUCAUCUGGGCACUUCAUCCAGAAAGCGGCUGCCGUUUGUGUGAUUCUGCAUUCUUUGACUCUCGUCCAUCCAAAUUCUUUGUGACAUAUUUGGCAUGCAAUUUUUUUCAAUGCGUCUACUUAUCUAUGAUCCAUUGAAAUGCAUGCCUUCAAUACGCCAUCGGGGUUUGCAGAAGAACAAACUCAGCGAUGCAAGUAUUUUUCCCAUUCUAAUGUGUGCCCAAUUUCAAGGGUGUGCAUUACCGUUUGAAACAGGUUACCUCUCCUUUUAGCCGUUAUUUGGUGUUUGUAAAUGCCGUGGGAAAUCACGUUUUGAAAAUGUUCCUCCGGAUGUUUGAUCCUUGCAAGCCUCGUUAUCAGAAACAAAUAUUUUAGAGAUGGCAUUCCUAUCACAGUUGCCUCGCAUGACGCGACAUUUACGUUAAAGAACGAGUUGAUACUGCCAUCAGAUAAAAAGUUCGGUUGUGGACGCGUGAACAAUGGAUAACGGUAAAGCAGAAGGACAGUACGCUUUUUAUGACCGCCCACUCGUCUUCAAAAGGCAGGCGCUAAAUGCCGAUCUCAAUACACCCUCUUUCUAGCAGGAGUUGGACGUUGAUGUAGACUGUCAGAAGCACUAUAGGGGAAUGAAUUCAAUUUCAACAAUCACAUUCAUUCACAAUUGCGGCCGUUGUCUGGGGAAAUAACUUCAAAGCUCAUUAACAACGUGCUUUGGAUUUUGUUUAUCCAACGUUGUCUUUUAAAGUACCUGUAAAGUAAAGGCUCAAAGAUGGGAUUCAUCUUUAAGAAGAAUGUCGUUAAGCUCAUACAAAUGCUAUAAGUUGUUUGGCAUUGGCGUGUCAUGAAGUGCCUCUUAGUGGCCAUCAAAUCUCUAUUAGUCGAUGGAUUUUAGGUUAAAUGUUCCCAUCAACCUUGGGAGCGUGCUUGGAAAGCCUCAGUUUGAACGUGUUCCUGGUUCGCGCCUUUUGUCCAACACGUUUAAACAGUGCAGUGUGGCGACUGGAGUUUGAAUAAAACGAAGGCACAUGGAGGACGCUGGCGGGCGAAGGGGAAGUGGGUAAAUCUAUAUACGCGUUGUUUGUUCAUGUAGCGGAACGAGACCUGCAAAACAUGAGUGUCUGUGCUUUUAGAUAGUAGCUGUGCUCCCAGCUUGAACGGAUGCUUUCGCAAUAGAAGCAAUAAAAUACUCUAUCAAAUACUUACUAGUAUUUUCUUAGACCUCGCAAUGAUACGCACAAAAAUCAGGAUAAAUAAAAUUUGUAAAACUAAAGAAAAGUGAAAUAUCAACUUGAUACACUGAGCUUCCGCACUAUGCAUUACCGUAAACAUCGUCAUAACGAGUAAUGAUUUUAACUGCCACAAAUAACCUACCUUUGGGCUACCUAAAAAAAUAAUGGAAAAUGUUCUUUCCCUUUCAGUGGGAAAAUACUACCGAAUGACGGUGUUUUUUCCUGAGAUACAGGGUAUUACAGAAUUCCGCAUUGCGUCUCUUCAGCCGUCCAACGAAUAUGCAAAGUACUGGCUAAAUGUUGAACAUAUUUCCGCCGCCUUGUUGCCCAAUCGUACGUCCUGCGGAGUGCGCAAUACUGAUAUGCUUGUGUGUUUAUAUAAUACUUCGUCUUACGGGUGCAUUUCAGACCUUAAGUUCCUUUACUUCUCUGGCCGCAAAAAGUAGGGAUCUUGCUGCCACAGAAUUGACAGUAGUUAAUCCAAAAAGUAGUAAAUAAAAAUUUGAUGCAGAACGGAUAUAGUUUUGCCAUUCUAAACAAGCAACUAAUUUUGACUGAUCUCGUCCUCCUUCUGGUCAACAUUUUUACCGCGCUUUUAAACAGAACAUUUCAAAUUAUAUGAUGCAAUACUUCCCUCUUGAAGGAACCUUUGGAUAUGAAAACGACAGUCUCUUAAAAAAGUCCAAAAAUGUGACAGAGCUGGAACUGGUUUGGCCGUUACAGCAGGUGCCAGUUGCGGUAGAUGUUUCACAAGUAAGUUACAACCGCAAAAUUUUCCUUCCGUUUUUCCACACACAGUACCGGACUGCUCAUUAUGUACUACUGUUACGCACUUGAAUAUAACAUGCGGAGUAAUGCCCCAAUUUUCCUUUUUUGAUGCUUUAUUACAUCUCUUAAGAGGCUGCUGUAAAUUAUAUGUAAAACAAAAUUCAUAGUGGAUAAUACUACCCAGUGGUUCACACUGGUAUGCAGCGACUAUUGAUAGUGUGAAGUAAAUGAAAGAAUUUGCCGGAACCGUCUUUGGAAACGUGUUCCGCCAGCAAAGUCUUGGAUGAAGGAGAAGUGUUUUCGGUAGUGAACAGUCUAAAUGUUGGGUCGAAUGAUACGAAAGGAUGUUCGAUGGACGCUCACUGAUCGUUUCUAUGGAACUCCUUUGUCCCUUCGUGCCAAUUGUGCUCUCUCGAUCUCAAUCGUCAGCCACACCGCUGCGCAAUGCAGAACGCUAUUUGCGACAAAGACCAGAGCGACUUGAAUGGUGAAUGUCAUUGUAUAUUCCCGACGGGAACCGACAAGGCUAUGGGCCCGUGGCUCAGUGAUUAGAACUGUUGGACUUCUAAGCAACAGGUCGCGAGCUCGAGCCCAGGCGCUCUACACCUUUAGGUUGACUUUGACUGUCUGACGACGGCUAAUUAGCCAAGAAUGGUCAUUGUAGUCUACCUCCUUUUCUACAGGAAACAAGUAAGUAUGACUGAUGUGUUGCGCAGCUAAUUUUUGACCAAUAUUUCCAUCGGAAACGAUAAUACGUUAUCGGUGUAAAACGCGAAAGGGGAGUAAAAUUCCAUUAACAUUAGGUGGGCAAGCUGGCAAUAUUUCACAUGAAAAAUUACAACGAAAAUCCUAACAGUCUGCUAAGGUUUAUGCAAAUGGCCUAUGAUAAACUAUCAGUGACCAAAUAAGAACACGUCUUUUUAGAAUUUUGCAGUGUUGGCGUCCACUGCUGGGAACAAUGAAAUUCUCCUGGUGGUGCGUUGCAAAAAAAACCACCGGCAACGUUGUAGUAUGUAUAAUGUUCAGUAUCAUUUUCUCGUUUGUGGCCCUUGUCUUUUUGAGAAAUACAAAGAAGUAUUUUGCAGACAGCAAAUGGUAGUAGACUGGUCUCCGAUUAUUGUGUUUUUGUCCAAAUUUUAGAUUCUUUGCUUCUCAGUUAGCCAGGAUAUUUGUGGAUAUCCACACUCUUGCGGUGGGUUAUUUUGUUUAGAUAUAAGGGAUAGUUAAUUUAAUUACACCGACUUUGUCUUUGAAUCACCACAUGCAUUGAUUUAAUUUGCUUUAAAAUGAUCCAGUUUCGGAAACGGAAAACAACCGCACGGUUAUGAGAUACAAAGCAAAACAAGGAAAAGAAAGAAUGUCGUUUUAUACCUGCGAAUAUCGGAAGCAUUAUCAGUACGAAAUCGUCUCCUACCGACAUCACUGGUCCGGUAUGUGUAGCCCCUCAGUCGCUUGCAUGAUUACUAUGCGAAAAGGCUGCAGCAAAGCUGUCAGUGGACAGAUCGCAAACCAGCCUACGCAUACGGCGCCUGACGCAACUUUAUACUCAAAAUAUGUAUUAUCCUUUUAGGUUUGGAUGACUUUCGGGGUAAAAACAACGCGUGGCAGUCCGCAUUGGCUGUGAUUGAACUAAAGUGGCUUCUAAAUUACAGGGGUCCCCCGGAACAACAGGUAUGA